ACUGGCUGACGCCCACUAGCCACUACUACUGGCGACUGGCGCGGCAGCCUAGUCUCAAAAGGGACGGCCCCGGGCGCUUCCAGUUCAGAUUUUAUAACCACGCCCCCGUCGCACUUGCCAGUUGCCUCUGCCACCCCCGCGACGACGACGACGACGACGGCGCUCCUUCCGCUUCUCCCCCGUCGUCGUCCCAUGCCCCUCUGCCACAUACAGUGACCGGCAGCGGCGAGGAGCGACCAAUAAUGGCAGCGCAGGAGAGCGCCGCAGGGAACCCGCAGGUGGUGGUGACGCGGUGGCGGUACGGGGACGUGGGCGACAGCAACUUCGCGGUGCGCGGCCGCGCGGCGCCGCUGCUGGCGGGGCUGCUGUGCGCCGUCGUCGUCUUCGCCGCGCUCUGCCUGUACCUCUGCUGGAGGUGCCAGCGCCAGCGCCACCGCUACGACCCGGAGGCGGACGCCUCGUCGUCGUCGUCGCCGUCGCCAGCCGGCGCGGCGGCGCUGCCCGGCCUCGACGCCGACGCCAUCCGCGGCCUGCCCGUGACGCUGCACCGGCCGUCCGCGUCGCCGCGGCUUCCCGGCGGGGACGACGAGGCGCUGUGCUCCAUCUGCAUCAGCGCGCUGGUGGCCGGGGAGAAGGUGAAGGUGCUCCCGCCCUGCGGCCACUGCUUCCACCCGGACUGCGUCGACGCAUGGCUCCGGUCCCACCCCAGCUGCCCGCUCUGCCGCCGCCGCCUCCUCCUCGCCGACGCCGACGCCAAAGUGUGAUCAGCGGCGGGCCCCUGCCCCGACCAGGAGUUUUUAAGCAGCGCAUUACUAGUGACGUGGCCGCUGCUCUGCUCUGCUCUCCGAGGGAGGCCGUCACCUGACCUGACCCCGACCAAGCCACUCACUGUUCAAGGAAUGCCUUUCCAGCUUUUUCUCUGUGGCGCAAGGCUCUCGAGUGCAGGAGAAAAGUGAUGUAGGCUGCGCUGCACAUAGCUUUUGAGUAUUUAAACCAGAGGAGAUAAUUUAACGUAUGCGGUGGUGGUUCAGAUGUUGUGUUGUUGUGCUUGUGCCUUUUUGUUUUGAUUCCAUAUACUGCUACACUUUGGCCGUAAAAUAAAAGUGGCGGUUGCAGAUAUCUCUGCUGCCCAAAUAUCUA